CCACCCGCCCGUCUGUCGAGCUCGAGCAAGGGGACUCUCGGCGAAAGAUCGCUUGUUCACGGCAGUUCUCGACGGCACUCGGCGCUCGCCAUUGGAACCACUGCAAUCCCCGCAAACAACACGAUAUACAUAUAUAUUGUAACUAUUUACAGUCAAAGCGUCGUUUUAUAUUUUUCUUCACAAUAAAUUGCAACUCAAUUGAUUCAUCCUAAAUCACCGGAAGAUUCCUCGUGUGUUAACGUACAUCAUCAUUCAUCAGGCGGUCUGUUGAGAAAAUAUUGUGUUAAUUAGUCUGUUCAAGGCGAGCCCCGAGAUUGAAAACGAACAGAACAAUGCAGAGCAACGGAGCGGAAGGUAUUGGCGAAAAUGGAGUGGAUAAGAGUGGAUGGACGGUUGGGCUUAUAAAUGGCAAGUUCAAAUAUUUAACUGCCGAAACGUUUGGUUUUAAAAUAAAUGCAAACGGCUCGAGUUUGAAGAAAAAACAGCUUUGGACCCUCGAGGGCAGUGAACAUCAAGUUUUCCUUCGAUCUCACCUGGAUCGUUACCUCGCUGUUGAUCAAUUUGGUAACGUUACAUGCGAGGCCGAAGAACCAGCCGAUCUUGGCUGUGCUUUUCAGAUUCAGCUUGCUUCGGAUGGGAGUGGUAGAUGGGCUUUGAAAAAUAUACAGCGCGGAUAUUUCUUGGGCUCUAGCCAAGAUGAGCUCAAGUGUACAGCUAAGGCGCCUGGAGAGGCUGAAUACUGGCUUGUGCACCUUGCUGCUAGACCUCAGGUGAAUCUUCGAUCAGCUGGUCGGAAACGUUUCGCUCAUUUAAGCGCAACUCAGGACGAAAUUCAUGUAGAUGCGCCUGUACCCUGGGGAGAGGACACGCUCUUUACACUCGAAUUCCGUCCAGCAGCAAACGCGGACAAUGACACGGUUGGGCAUGGUAAAUCUGAAGGAGGUCAUUACGCUCUUCACACUUGCAAUAACAAGUAUCUUGCCCGCGAUGGAAAGCUAUUCGAUAGUUGUACUCGAGAAUGUCUCUAUGCGGCAGAAUUUCAUGCUGGAUUAUUGGCUUUGAGGGACAUUCACGGAGCUUAUUUGGCACCAAUUGGUAGCAAGGCUGUUUUAAAAUCAAGAUCGACCACGGUGACACGGGACGAACUUUUCUCAUUGGAGGAAUCUUUGCCACAGGCGUCAUUCGUUGCUGCACUCAAUCAACGUUACGUGUCUGUUAAACAAGGUGUCGAUGUAACAGCUAAUCAGGAUGAGAUAUCAGGUCACGAGACAUUCCAAUUGGAAUUUGAUCGUGUUACAAAACGGUGGUAUGUUAGAACAAUGCAAGAUCGUUACUGGAGUUUAGAGGCUGGUGGUGGAAUACAAGCUUCUGAUCAUAAACGCUCAUCGAAUGCCCUAUUCGAUCUUGUCUGGCAGCCAGACGAUGGAACUGUGGCAUUACGUGCAAAUAAUGGCAAAUUUCUUGCUACUAAACGCUCUGGACAUCUGUAUGCCAAUGCUGACUCACCCGCCUCCGGGGACUCUGAUGCAUCGAAAUACUACUUUUAUCUCAUGAAUCGACCGAUUCUCGUUCUACGCUGUGAGCAGGGAUUUGUGGGACCAAAAAGUGCUGCAAGUCCAAAACUUGAGUGCAAUAAAGCUGGAUAUGAAACUAUCCGUGUCGAGCGCUGUGAACGUGGCAUUGUUCGUUUUAAGGGUCAAAACGGAAAUUAUUGGCACGCUGACAACGAAGGUGUUACCGUAGAUGCUGAGCAACCGUCAGUUGGAUUUUACUUAGAACUUCGUGAACCUUCUCGCAUAUGCAUCAAAUGUACCGAUGGGCGAUACCUGUGCGCUGGUAAAAAUGGAGCUCUUCGCUUGGGUGAAACUGCUUAUGAAUCUGCUACAAAAUGGGAAUUCUAAAGCCCCUGGAUAUAUAUUCCAAAUGAUUUUUCUUCAAAGCCUCUUCUUUUGCGGCAUAUAGUACUAUAUGAGAGGACGGGGGAAAAUAAUAAAUGUAGGAAUGAAGCAUAAUUUUUUCGCUACUAGCACUGAAUAUGAAUAGUACUUUGAGUAAGAUACUUACUAUUUGUUCUUCGAAGGAGCUUGUAUACCCUCAAUGAGUGUCGCGUAGAUUAUAAAAUCAGUCUCAAUCUUGUAAUCUGAUUAUCAUGUCCAGUGAUACGGGCUUGUAAGCUUUUAUGAAUUUCCAAUCGUAAAAUUGUGCAUUAGAAAAUGGACAUUCAGUGACUUUCCAGUAGAAUUAGUAAAAACUGGACGUGUGUGAGACCAACAAUAGGGGACAAUAGUCAGAUUAGACGAUUAAACGAAAUUUGUACUCAGAAAUGAAUUCAUUCCAAUUUGAUUCCCCUUGUGAUUUUUCAUUUUUAUACGACUGUACACUUUUAUACCAAAAUCAUGAAAUUUACAUGAAAAUUUUUACUAUAAAAUAAAGAACAAACUAAUGAUAAAAAAA